UUCUUAAAAUUACCAGUCCACCACCCACAGCUAUGGCCGGGGUAGGCGCUGCUUUCCGCCGCCUAGGUGCCUUGUCCGGAGCUGGGGCCUUGAGUUUGGCCACCUACGGGGCACACGGCGCAGAGUUUCCGGAUGCCUAUGGGAAGGAGCUCUUUGACAAGGCCAACAAACACCACUUUUUGCACAGCCUGGCCCUGUUAGGGGUACCCUAUUGCAGAAAAUCUGUCUGGGCAGGGUUGCUGCUAGCUUCUGGAACUACCUUAUUCUGUACCAGCUUUUACUACCAGGCUCUGAGUGGAGACACUAGCAUCCAGACUCUGGGGCCUGUUGGAGGGAGCCUGCUGAUCUUGGGCUAGCUUGCCUUGGCUUUUUAAGGUCUCUUGUUUAAGUGCCCAGUCCUGGCUUUUCUGGGUAAUUGGGUGCAGAGGGAAAGGGGAAUGUUGAAGCAGAAAAGAAAUUAAAAGAAAAAGGCUUACAUAAAAAAAAAA